AUGGAUGGAAUAAAUCAAACUGUCUCAGGAAGGCUUCCGGUUCUUUCUGAGCAACAACUUGUAUCUUGUUCUAAGAGUAACAAAGGUUGCAAAGGAGGUUGGUACGUUCGAGCAUUUCAAUAUUUCAUCAAAAAUGGUGGGAUCACCUCAGAAAAUGUUUACAACUAUACAGCUACAGAUAGUGCAUGCAGGAAAAAAUUGGACGGCCACCACUAUCAGUUGCUAAAAUAUUGGCUCCGUACUCCCAUAUCAGAAAGGUCUCUCCGUCGUUUUGUCUUCAAGCAACCUAUUAGUGUUUCCAUAUAUGCAAGCCCGCAUUUCAAGUCCUACAAAAGUGGAAUCUUCAGUGGGGCUGAUUGCUCAAGCAUGAUCCGUACAUGUAAGAAUUUAAAUCAUGUUGCGUUAAUUGAGGGAUGUGAUUCGUUGGUUGCUGGUCAAGAUUAUUGGAUUGUCAAAAACUCUUGGGGAAGCUCUUGGGGACAGAGUGGUUACAUCUUCAUCAAAAGAAACACUGGUUCUUCUCGGGGAGUAUGUUCCAUAAAUUGUUCUGGUGCAUAUACCCAACCAAAGGGAAGAAAGAAGCACCAGUUUUGA